GAAAGGUCGAGGUCGUUUAUGAAACCCGGCACGUCCGGAAAGAAUGGGGAAGGAGGCAUACAACGAUAUAAGCGUGGUGAAAGCUACGAAAUACUACACAGUAGAGGAAAUAAAACAGCACAAUAAACGGGAUGAUAACUGGCUAAUGAUAAAUGGUAAAGUCUACGACCUCAGUCGUUGGGCGAAGAAACACCCAGGAGGAGCAAAAAUCCUAGGGCACUAUGCUGGAGAAGACGCAACGGAUGCCUGGACUGCAUUUCACAAUGAUAAAGAAUAUGUAUCCAAGUUCAUGAAAGCACUGUGUGUUGGAGAUGUAAAAGAUUGGGAAGAUUGUGAAACGGAUCUGAAGAAGGACUUCCGUAAGCUGAGGAAGUAUGCAGAAGACAGUGGACUGAUGAAGAUAAAUCCAGCGUUCUAUAUCCUCCAUCUCCUCCACAUUCUGGCCCUCGAGGCCCUCGCCUAUUUUGUGGUCUGGAAUUGGGAGGGGAGCAUGGGGGCUUUCCUUGUUGCAGCAGUUCUUUUGGCAACUGCACAGGCACAAGCAGGUUGGAGCCAGCAUGAUUAUGGUCACAUGUCUGUCUUCCCAAGUCACAAAAUGAACCAUAUAUUUCAUCACAUUGUUAUAGGGCAUAUCAAGGCUGCCUCAUCUCAUUGGUGGAAUUUCCGUCAUUUUCAGCACCAUGCUAAACCAAAUGUUGUGACAAAGGACCCUGAUAUAGACAUAGCUUAUCUCUUUUUGUUAGGAGAUUAUGUACCCAAGGCAUGGGGAAAGAAAAAAUUAGGCUUUAUGCCUUACAACUUUCAACAUAGUUACUUCUUUUUCUUGGGGCCACCCUUGCUCUUACCUAUUUAUUUUCAUAUUGAAAAUAUCUUCUUUGUUUUCAAGAGACGAGAUUAUGUGGACUUACUGAUGACAGUAACCUUCUUCUACAAGUUUUUCUGGUUAUAUGGUCCGUAUUAUGGAGGAUGGGGAGCAUUUGGACUCUACAUGUUUAUGAGAUUCCUGGAGAGCCAUUGGUUCACUUGGGUGACUCAGAUGAGCCAUCUACCAAUGAGAGUGGAGAAAGACAAAGAAGAAGAUUGGUUCACUCUUCAGCUGGCAACCACCUGUAAUGUGGACUCCACACCAUUCAACGACUGGUUCACUGGUCAUCUCAACUUUCAAAUUGAGCAUCAUUUGUUCCCAACAAUGCCAAGGCACAAUUUAGGGAAGAUAGCUCCUCUGGUGAAAUCUUUAUGCAAAAAACACAACAUACCAUACAGGUGUUCCCCGCUGUUCACAGCUUUUGGAGAUGUUGUUAGAAUGCUCAAGAAGUCUGGAGAGAUUUGGUAUGAGGCAUACUACCAUGGAUAAAUCAUCUGAAGUUAAUAGUAUUCCACUUUACAUCAAUAAUAUUGCAAGUUUGGACUUAAAUGAUAAUCAUGGACUGUGUUUGACUGUGAUAUUUUUGUGCCUAAAGUCUGUACAGAGUUAUCCUGUUAGAAAUGAUGGAUAUACAAAAGUUACAGAUCUUUGGUAGCCAUACACAUGUACCUCCAUUGUUUUGACUGCGUGUCUGUAAAUUUCAGUAUAUUUGAAUGUUUUAAUUUAUAAUCUCUAGGGACAGAAAAUUAUGUAAGUGCAUUAUUUUUCCGGUGUGAUUCACGUCAUUUGAGAAGCAUCUGAAGAAAAAAAGUCAGCAUUAGCUAUAGAAAUGAAUCUCCUUUUAUUUUUUGUGUUUAUCUCAAGUCCUAAGAAAGAUUUUAAAAAGUUAAGUUUUCUUUAUACAUGUAAAUAUACGUUUUGAAAUAGAAAAAAUGUCUAUUUUGAAUUUAUGGUUCUUGUAUAUGUAAU